AUACGAGUACUGCCAUCCAUUAAAACCCUUUCGGGGCCUUGCCGUACCAUAGUUAACUCAACCCUACCAGUAUUUCUCCUUCGGAGCUUCCCCUAACCUAUGUGCCUCGGCGCGCAAUCGUUGGCCCCAUCGAUUCGACCCUAACGAAGCCCCUCCCUCCCCCGCCACUCGAGUAGCAUCGCCCAGACAUUCUUGUCUCCGAUCUCCCUCACCCGCGACUUUCCACUGCAAUUUUCCACUACCUACUGGUGCCGCUGCUAUGGGUCCUUCUUCCAACCCACUGUCCUCUCCUCCACGACUCCCUUCGCCUCCUCCCUUCACUGAAGUCCAAAUCUCACCUGUUACGCUAUCCCUCUCCCUUUCCAAGUCUCCUGUGAGGCCCGUGUCGGGUUCUGUCACCCGUCGCAUCCGCCCUGGCACCAGGUCUCGCCAUAUCGCUACUGGGCCUCCACUAGUCCCCCUCAGCGAACUCGAUUCGGCUUUUCAAUUGCAAGAGCAUUUGGCCUCUUUACUCGCAGCCACCACUUCUCCGCCGGGCUCAGAUAGCACUGUUCCCCUAUCCCGAGAAGCAUGCGAACGCCUGGCGGCACCUCCGGAGGGUAUUGAAGAAUACCUAUGGUGCUACGAACUCACUCGUCGCCUGACCAGGGAUUUGAAUACCUUAUUGGUAGCUCUCCUCAAGGACAAUUGUACGGCUUCGUCUUGCCCCGAGAUGAGAGCGAGUGAAUGGCAGUAUCUUUGCGCUGUGCAUGAUCCGCCGCAGUCUUGCUGUGCAAUUGACUACUCUACGCAUACCCUGGACCAGGCUGCGACUAUGCUUUGCACUACUCGCUAUUUCCCUAGUAGGCUGAGUCUUCAAAAUGCCAGUGUCAAGCACUUAGCGAGCAUCUUUAGGAGGUUGUAUAGGAUAUUUGCGCAUGCCUGGUUUCAACACCGGAGCGUUUUCUGGGAGGUGGAGAACGAGUUUGGGCUAUAUUUGGUUGCUCCCUCUGCCCCCUCAUUACCUGUCGUCUGUGUUCCCUAACUGCGGUAGCCUUAGUUCUUUAAAACGGUAUCUGAAAAAUACAGCCUGAUCCCUGAGGACAAUUUGACUCUCCCACCGGAGGCUGAAGGCUUAAAGUCUAAGAAUUCUUUUGGCGAGGUGGACUCUGAUGAGGAAGAGAUUGAUGAGUUUGACCGUAGGGCUAGCGCUAGAGAACAUGGACAGGAGUUAGAUGAGGAUGAGGACUAUCCAGAUAGCGAUGAAUCGGAAUCUGAUGAAGAGGAAGCCGAUGGAGAAGAGGAAGGAGAGGUUGAAAUUGGGAGCAGGAUAGUAGGCGACGAAGUUGAAGAUGAUGAAUUCGAUUUGGAUAUCGAUGAUGAUCACUCAUUAGAAGAGGGUACUGGGAAUAGCGCCUUGAACCAGACACAUGGAAACCUCGAGGUCGAAACGAGACACGGAGAGAGGGAACAAAACUUGCUGCUUCUACCCUCACCCCGGAGUCACUCGUUGGCUUCGUUAAGGAAUACCUACAAGUUAGCCUUUGGCGCGGCUUAUAGAGCUGCUCCCUCGGAUACUACUUCGACUUUGGACAUCGCUGUUUAUACUCCAUUCCUCUCUUCUCUUGGUGCGGUUCGUGGAAGGCAUUUUGACAAGACCCAACGCUUAUUGGCGAGGCUGUACUCAAUCGUAAACUCUGUGGCCGCUGAGGAGAAACGAGAGUUGAUGGUAGAUGCCCGAAUCAUCCUCCUAAGUGAUAUAGAGUCCAAAGAGGAAGGCGAGACUUCUGGGUUUGGGCCAGUUAUUGACCUACGUGAGCUUGCAAAAUCUGGGCGGGAAUGGAAGAACAUCAUUGUGGGAACACGCAACCCGGGGUCCUCGGAGGGGCAGGAAACUAGACAGGAGGAAGAAACGGAGGGCCAGGUCAUCGAAAAGGCAUUCCUGGGCUAUCGUGGCGAUAAGGUUACCGAAUGCACCGAUGUAUGGCGCUGCGAAGUUGUCACUCCAAGUGGAGAGAAGUCAGAAGAGGCAGUUGAAGACGAUAGGCUUGACGAUACUGCGGUCGAGCACUUGAUAGUAGCCGGUUUGUUGCCUACAAACACUACCCCACACAUCCGCUUACUGACCCGUAUAAAGUUGGCGGGACGUUCGACCACCUCCACCCCGGCCACAAACUCCUCCUCACAAUGACCGCCUUCCUCCUAUCUCCAAACGCCGCAGCGCCCCGUCUCGUGGCAGGCAUAACUGGCGAAACGCUCCUUAUUAACAAGAAGCACAGCGCACACCUAGGCUCCUGGGGCAGCCGCUCGGCAGAAGUCGUAGACUUCCUCUGCAGCAUCACCGACUUUUCCGCGAACCCAUCCCCACCCUUGACCUCGCCUUCAUCGUCGACGCCGGAAACGGACAUCACGCCCCGGUCAAUCACCAACACUAUCCCCUGUGGUGAAAAGGAGCUUGUCAUCGAAACUGUAGAGAUUAACGAUCCCUUUGGGCCCACGAUUACUAACGAGGCUAUAUCCGCGCUCGUCGUAUCCGAAGAGACAAAGAAUGGUGGUGAAGCGGUCAAUAAGAAGCGCACGGAAAAGAGCUGGGAUGCACUGCAGGUGUAUAAGGUGGAUGUUAUCGAGAAUGAAGGCGGGGUUAAAAUGAGUAGUACGGAUAUUAGGAGAAGGCUGGAGGAGGGGAGUGCUGCAUGAGUGGGAUACCUUACUGCUACUACUGUUUAUUGGUGGAUCUUUCAACCCUAAAGUGGCCGGAUGAGCGGAUGGAUGGGCAGCGAUUCCAUUGCCCCCCCUUUUUUUUGUGGUGUGGUUUUAUGUUCCGUAUAGAGGGAAUCGGUGGUUUAUGGCAUGGGGUUGGAAAAGUGGGAAUAUAAAACGAGUCAUUGCUGCCGAAUACCGGUAUCAUAGUUGACUUGUACCGUAUGUUAUAUAGACACCCUGAGCGUGAAUUGGAAUACCUGUGGGUACCAUGAGUACCGUAGGGCAAGAAGCCUGCAGGACCGAGUGAGAUUGAAUGACUACGGUGUAUUAUGAUACUAUAAUGCUAGUCUGAUACUGUCAAA